UUGUGCAACCAGGAAGGCAAAACGCAAUGGUGAAAAUGUUUAUCAUCGUCUCCUGUGUUUCCAGUUAAGCCUUCAUUCCGAAAAUUACUUUCCUUAAGGAAAAUGCUAAUGUUUCAAGAGAACCCGAAUGUAUUAGUUAUUUAAUUUCCGGUCACAGAAAGGACAUUAGGAUGUCUUUUUUUAUGGUAUGUUUGUCUUUGCAUGGGUUCCUUGUCGUAUGCAGCAUUCUCCAAAUCUGCUUUGCAAACAGGCUUUCAGGGGUCAGCUUGCUCCCGCAGCACAAUAAAGGCAACCUUUCUGUCCUCUUCAUUGUAGCGGAUGAUCUGCGACCAGUUUUAGGAUGUUACGGUAAUCCUUCUGUGAAAUCGCCGAACAUAGACAACCUGGCUUCAAAAAGCAACGUCUUCUACGACGUUUACGCUCAACAAGCUGUAUGUGCCCCUAGCAGAAUUUCAUUUUUAACAAGUCGGAGACCAGACACCACAAGACUCUAUGACUUUCACUCAUACUGGAGAGUCCAUGCAGGAAACUACACAACACUGCCACAGUAUUUCAAAUCCAAAGGUUACGUCACCAUGUCUGUGGGGAAGGUUUUUCAUCCAGGCAUUGUGUCAAAUUACACUGAUGAUUAUCCGUAUAGCUGGUCUAUUCCAACUUAUCAUCCUUCAUCCUUACGUUAUGAAAACAAGAAGGUGUGUACAGGGAAGGAUGGCAAGCUGCAUGCCAACCUGCUUUGCCCUGUGAAGGUUUCUGAAAUGCCAGAAGGGACUUUGCCAGAUAUACAGAACACAGCAGCAGCUGUUAAAUUACUUAAAUCAAUGAAAGAUAAAGGAAAUCCCUUCUUUCUUGCUGUGGGAUAUUAUAAACCUCACAUACCUUUCAGAUAUCCGGAGUUUUUAUUCCAGCAAUACUUAGAGUUGUAUCCACUAGAAAACAUGACGAUGGCUCCUGAUCCGUACAUCCCCAGUGGAAUGCCAAGUGUUGCCUACAAUCCUUGGAUGGACAUCCGGAAAAGGGAAGAUGUGCAGGUGCUGAAUGUUAGCUUUCCCUAUGGACCACUCCCUAAAAAAUUUCAGUUGCAAAUCCGCCAGAACUAUUUUGCUGCUGUGUCCUACCUUGACUCUCAGGUUGGACAGCUUCUAAAUGCCCUGGAUGAUUUGGGUCUGGCCAAUGAAACUAUUGUGGUGUUUACUUCUGAUCAUGGCUGGUCAUUAGGUGAACAUGGAGAAUGGGCUAAAUACAGCAAUUUUGAUGUAGCAACCCGUGUGCCAUUAAUGAUUUAUGUACCAGGAUUAACCACAUCCACCAAAGAGCCCAAGACAAAAAUCUUCCCCUAUUUGGAUCCGUUUCAUUACUCGUCUGACAUGUCAUUCAAAGGGAAAAUGGUGAGAAAUGUCAUGGAGUUGGUGGAUCUAUUCCCCACAAUCUCUGAGCUGGCUGGGCUGCAAGUGCCCCCUCCAUGUCCUGUUUCCUCUUUCAAUGUGGAGCUUUGCACGGAGGGACGAAGCUUGGCGCACAGCUUCAAAACACCUGAAGGGAACAUAGACGCAGAAGCUAUUGCUUACAGCCAGUAUCCUAGGCCUGCUGAUGCACCACAGCAGGACUCUGACCUUCCCUUACUCAAAGACAUUCACAUCAUGGGCUACUCCAUCCGUUCCUCUGACUACCGCUACACUCUCUGGGUAGGUUUCAACCCAAACACAUUUGAAGCCAACUUCUCAGAUGUAUGUGCUGGAGAGCUUUACCUUAUGGACAGUGACCCCAACCAAGAUGAUAAUUUGUUCAACAAAACUAAAUAUGCGAGUGUGGUGCAAAAGUUCUGGCAGUAUUUAGAAAUCAAAUAACAUUUAUCUUUAUCCUUAUCCUCAUCUUGCCAGGAUAUCUUGUCUAUCAUAGUUGUCUGUAAACCCUUUCCUCUCUACUUUUCAGUUUAAUGCAAAAGAUACAGUAUUACACCUGUAAUAAUAACGCAAUCAGCUGUAAACAUCUUAAGUGAUCCUGUUGCAUUUUUUAUAUAUAUUUAUCAUUGUUUUUUUUUUUCUCUGAUGCACUUAAUUUUUGUAGUGAAGGUUUUGGUGUGACCCUCUUUUUUUUUCUUUGAUCCAAAUUGUCAUUAAUAAAUUGUCACAUCUCAUACCAGU